AAUCUACGAAGAUUAACAAAAACAAUCAGUUACAUGAAAUCAGUACAUACGUGGACUAAUCACUUUUAACUGAUAACUCAUGGUCCCUUAUCAUAUCGAGCGAUAUCACACAAUACUUCGUACCUAUAUAAAUAAGUAAUCUAUAUCAGAUAUCGCUUUGUUGUUAGACAAUUAGUGACAGUUGCAACAAAGAUGAAGUACCUGCUAGCAUUCGCCCUCGUCGCCGUGGUCGCGGCGCUCCCCGAGCCCGUGCGCCUGCCGGCGCCCGCGCAGCCCGAUGUCGCGUCCCUCCUGAUUCCCCAACCGGUCGCGUCUCCAGUCAACUUUGUAGACACCCCUAAAGCCGCCGCACCCGUAGAUGCUGUGAAGGUUGUCGACGCUCCCGUAUCUGCCGACUUUACCCUCAACAUCGUUGAUGUAGUCCCAGAGACCGCCGAGGCUCCCGUGGAAAACUUCGCUGUCAAAAUCGUUGAUAACGUUGACGUCAAUGUUGCCCCUGAGAUCGCCGAGGUCCCCGUGGAAAACUCCGCUGUCAAAAUCGUUGAUAACGUUGACGUCAAUGUUGCCCCUGAGAUCGCCGAGGUCCCCGUGGAAAACUUCGCUGUCAAAAUCGUUGAUAUCGCUGAUGACGAAGAGACCCCCUCCUACAUCCCCAUCGAUAUCCCCUUCCAGAUUAAGAUCGUUGAUAUGCCCCUCCCUGACUCAGUAGUGAUGCCUCUCCUAAAGCCUGUGAAGAUUGCAGAUGCCCCCGUGUCGAGCAAUGACUUCGCGGUUAAGGUUGUGGCUCCUGAGGCUCCCAUCAACAUGCCCCCUAAGCGUUACCCUGACCCAAUGUGGCGUUCAGGAUAUUAG